AUGACAUCCAUGGUGCAUCUGUUGUUGCUCCCACUCCUGUUCAGCCUUGCUGUUGGGAAGGGUCUGGAGAACAAAAAGGGCCCAUUUGAGAACACGUUUCUAGAUGUCCCAGAGGGAACUCCUGUGCCUUAUCCCAUCCAUCAGUUUCAGGUGACCCAUGCAGGUGUGAACGGUUUCAGGCUGAAUGGAGAAGGCAGUGAAGACAUUAAGAUCUCAGAGGAUGGGUGGCUCUUCCUGGACAAGCCUCUGGACUGGUCUCGAGAUAAUCACUACAUUAUUGGGGUGGAGGCUUUGCAAGAGGGUGAAGUCGUAGAUGGCCCCAUUUAUGUGACCAUUAAUGUGUUGGAUGUCAACAAUCAUGCGCCAUACUUCAACAACAGUGACUAUGUGGCUACGGUUAGAGAAAACAAUCCAGCAGGUGUUCCAUUUACCCGUGUGUUUGCGUUGGAUCAGGACGACCCACAGUCUCCCAACGCUCAUCUGAGAUACAGCUUAGUCAGCCAGAUCCCCAACAAACACAACGUACUCCUGUUCCAAAUCAAUCCUGACACGGGAGAGAUCUCCACCACAGAAGAGGGCCAACAGAUGCUAAAAGCAAGAGAGGGCAUCAUAUAUAGCAGAGGAGAAGAUCAGAGCAUUGAAGCUCUCAAGUCAAAGUUUGACCAGUUCUGUACGCCAGUGAAGUCGAUCCCCUAUGAGGAAAACCCCUUCUACACCUGUGUGGAGAGAGCAGAGAAGAGGAGGCGGAACGUGGACCCGCUGGAGGACCCCGACUACACCCUGAUUGUGCGCGUGCAGGAUCUGGGUGGAACUUCGGCGACUGCACUGAGUGGAAGCACGAAAGUGAACAUUGUUGUGAAGCAAAACCUGUGGGUCAACCCUGGACCGAUCACUGUCAGAGAGCACUUAGAGGGAACGUACCCCAUGGUCCUCACAAAGGUCCAGUCUAAUGAUCCGAACGCAGUCUACAGGUUGGUUCAGAAAGAGCGAGACCUGAAGUUCCCCUUUAGGAUUACACCUGACGGAGACGUACAGCUGACAGAGGAGCUGGACAGAGAGGACAAAGGCAUGUACAUCCUGGUGGUGUUGGCACAGGACGACCAUGGAAAUGAGGUGGAUCCACCAAUGGAAAUUCAAGUUAUAGUGGAGGAUAUUAAUGACAACAGACCAAUGUGUGAACAUGAAGAGACUGUGUUUGAAGUGCAGGAGGAUGAGCCUGUAGGCAGCCUCAUCGGGCAGCUGUUGGCUCAUGAUGAUGAUGAACCUGGGACCAUGAACUCUCAACUGACUUACACCAUCCAUUCCCAAAAUCCACCCUCUGAACCCAACAAUGCUUUCUCCAUUGACUCUUCUUCUGGUCGAAUUCAGGCAUUGCAGACACUGCAGCGAAAAGACGCACAGAUGUAUCACCUCACAGUCAAAGUCAGCGACCCAGCUUUCAGCACAGAUUGUAAGGUCAUCGUCAGGGUGAUAGACGUCAACAACGAGCUUCCUCUGUUUGAGAGGAGCGAUUAUGGCAGCCACAGUCUGGCAGAGGAUGCUCCAGUAGGACACACACUGGUGUCCGUCAGAGCCACAGAUGCAGAUGACCCUGGCAGCGGCAGCUCCCGUAUCGAGUUCCACAUCUCUGAAGGCAACGAUGACGAGGUCUUCGCAGUAGAAACAGAUGGAGAUGGUGUCGGUAAACUGGUCAUAGCUAAGCCUCUGGACUUUGAGUCAUCCUCCACCUACAGGCUCAAGAUUGAUGCUCGCAACCCUGAGCCACUGAUGAAGGGUCUGGAGUACGGCAGCGAUUCCUCAACCUUUGUUUCGGUGUCCGUCACUGACGUCGAUGAGGCCCCAGAGUUCAACCUGGACAACAUGGAAGUGACUGUUCCCGAAAACACCACCAAGGGAGCGACGCUGCUCAAAGUGGAGGCGAAGGACCCAGAGGGCAAAGAGAUCAGAUUUAAGUUGGAUGGUGACACUGAGGGUUGGUUGGAGAUCGAUGCUGCAACAGGAGAAAUCAAGACCAAAGCAAAGUUGGACAGAGAAACCAUGGAGACUUUCGACCUCACUGUCAUUGCCUAUGAAAAGGACAACCCAGAGCAUUCCUCUGAGCAGGUGGUGUCUGUGAGGCUGCUGGAUGUAAAUGAUAACUACCCCACACUGAUGGAAUCCUACGCCUUCAUCUGCAUGAAGAAGCCCCAGCCUGUCAUCAUUAAGGCCCAGGACCCCGACAACGCCCCCUUCUCUCAGCCGUUCACUUUCUCAUUCGCCCAUGGCAAGAAAUCUCCAAACUGGGACCUGAAGGCUGUUGAUGGUUCGACAGCUAAACUGGUUCUGAAGAAAAUACCGACUGAAGAUAAAACCUUCACCCUUCCCAUUAACAUUAAAGACAACGCAGGCAUGGGCAUCACACACUCGUUUGAGGUGCAAGUGUGUAACUGUACCCAGCUGGGCUACUGCUACAUUGCACCGGGGGAUAUUGACUUUAGACUUGGCAUGGGAGCCACCAUUGGGAUCCUGGCCGGCAUUCUGGGCCUCUGCGUUAUUAUGUUCAUUGUAGCGGUCAAGCGCAGUGGUACAAAGAAGAAGGAUAACACAAGCCCAGGCUUGUGAGGACCCACACCAGCUCUUAAACAUUCCAUCCAAUUUUGAUGAAAUGUCUGACACAUUGCUGCAUUUUUUGGAGGCCUGUACAGUAUCUGUUCAAGGAUUACUGAUGAACAUUAAUCUUCUAAUCUAAUGUUAUUCCCUCAGCAAUAAGUGCCUGUGCUCACUUCCCCAAAAUAUCCUCUCUCUGAACAUCUCAAAGUGUAAUUUGUCCUCACAAAGCACAACAUGCAAGAGCACACACAACCACAUACAUUUACUUUAGUGUAGUUUAUUUUAUUUACAAGUGAGACUUAAGUCUGAUUAAUAUCCUAGGUUCCAAUUGAAUCAUUCAUGUGCAGCUCUGGAAAAAAUUAAGAGGCCGCUCCAAAUGUCCAAACCUGGACUCCACUGAGAAGGUUGAAGCUCAUGAACUAUUAACAAAAACUGAGCUGUUGGUGUUUUUACAGUGAAGUGGCAUAAAGCAGCAUGUAAAAACCACCUCAAGACCAUAUUUUGGCUCCCUCUAUCUAAAACAAGAAUUGUGUUAUUUAAUAAUGAAUAUGAUUUAUUUACUUUGCAUUUUUGAAGCCCCGCAAUUUCAUUAUUUUCUACUUUAUAAAUGCUGUAAUGUUUUUGUUUAGAAAUCGGGAAAACUGUCAGUAGUUGUUAAAUGUUCAUUUUACUCCAACACCUGCUUAUAAAUAUUAAGAGUGGUGGUCUGAUCAUUUUUUCCAGAGCUGUAUACAGCUUUUUAACUUAAUUUAUUUGAAUAUGACUCCCAGACUUUUAUCAACAUUUAUCAUGUCAUGUGUUUUCAUUUAUUUCAUCCCAGGAGCUUUUUUACUCUGCUCUGCUUUCAUCUACCAAACAACUGUUAUGCAACAGCUGGAAGGAUGCUCAGUGUUCACAGACACCUUUCACUUUGGUGUCAGGUCUGUCAGUGUAGUGAGCAGUAAUUACACAACUCUGUGAUGAGCAAUCACUGCUGUCUCCCCAAUAAACAAAGA